CCCCCCCCCGCCGGCGACGCCGACGACGCCGAUGAGAAGGGCCUCAUCAAGGCGGCCGCGGACGGCAACCUCGGCCGGCUCAAAGGUAUUGUAAAGCGUCUUACCAGAGGAAAUGGUGACCGGUCGACGAUUUUUUCUUUCAACAACAAUGGACUCUCUGUGUUGCAUAUCGCGGCAAGCUGUGGCCAUCUGGAGAUUUGCAAGUAUUUGGUGGAGGAGCUCAAGGGAGAUAUAAAUGCUCCUGGAUAUGGAGCUGCAGCUUUAGGUGCGACUCCAUUUAUGGGGUCUGCUCAGUCUGGUGAUGUUGCUGCCGUCAAGUAUUUUCUUGAUGGUGGCGGUGAUGUAACGAAAGCAGACGACAAAGGACAAACAGUUCUCCACCAUGCUGUGGCUGCAGGAUGCUGCAAGGUAACAGAGUUCCUCCUUUCAAAAGGAGUGCCGGUCGACAUAAACUUCGGCCGUGGAACACCAGCCUUUCUGGCUGCUGUAAAUGAGCAGGAUAAGACAUUGAAGAUUUUGUUGGACCACCAUGCAAAUAAAGAAAUCGAGGAAAAAAUGAAAGAAGAUGGCAUGGACUCCUCUAAUUGGAUUGUCCCUAGGAAUCCUGAUGUCAUGGAGACUACUGUUCAAGAUAUACAGAUUGUGGAGGUGACUGGUGCGGUGGACCCUGGGUUGAAGACCUCAUGCAGCUAUAUGGACAAGAUUGAGGACAAGGCCAAGAAACUGGCUAGUAAGAAAAAUCUGGAAGGGCUACAACAAGGAGAGGACGCCAAAGAGCUGCGCACUGGAGCUGAGAUGAUCAGGACUAGCACAUUGCAGCUUAUGAAGAUGUGUGGUGCUGUCAAGCAACCAAUCCAAGGUGCCUGACGUUUUCUGGAGUUGCGCUGGAUGAAGAGCUGCCGGGCGCGCGAUUUCGUUGCUGUCUCUUCCCGGAGAAGAUAGCUUUAUGCUUGUUUGACACUCGGCUGUGUUUUGAUACUUAGUAUGAUCUUUUGAGAAAUGUAAUAGGCUAGAUGGUAUGACGUGCUAUCCAGGUUUUCGCCCCAUGAUACUCGUUUCGACGGCGAGCGAGUAUGGUGGGUUUCCUGGUAGUGCUUGAACUCGCUAUACCUCUUUCCCUUCUCCUGUCUUUCUCGCUUGAACUGGUUGUAUUUCCGUUCUUUGCAAUGGAAAGGGGUAAAGCCCGGUUCAAUUUUUUUUUGCACAAAUAGUUUUAAGUUGAGGAUUAGGAUUUGGAUGGUCCACUUACUAUCUGAUCCCCUGAAACACCAAACACAUCAGUAUUAUAUGAUGGCAAGCUUUUAAAUUAGGAUAUCCUUUUCAUCUCAAAAAUAAAAUCUCGAGUUAUCAUGCCACCUGUGUUUCUUAAUACACGAUACCUUCUUUCAGCCUAAUGUCAUUGUCAGCGGUAUGGUAAAUCCUCUGUGUAUGGCUCUUGUUUACCAUUCAUUGAAGUGCAUGAAGCUACUCAUUAAGGCUGGUGCCGAUGUUAAUUGCAAGGGUUGUGCUAUGACUCCUUUGUUGUUUGCUACGGCGCAAGGAGGUUAUACCAACUACAUUCAGUUCCUAUUGAAGGCUGGAGCAGAUCCUAAUAUUCCUGAUGAUUUGGGUAGGUUGCCAAUAGAGAUUGCUGCGUUACGUGAUUGCAAAGAAGAGGUUGACAUGUUGUUUCCUUUGACUUCCCCAAUUCCAAAUGUCCCAAACUGGAGUAUUGAGGGAGUAAUUUCUUAUGCAAAAAUUGAAGAUAAAAAGCCGAU